CUGCUUGCAGCUGUGUUUGUUGAGAACAUUAAGUUGAAGACAAUUGGUCUGACGUGUAAGGCAUUUUGUUUGUCGCAGUGAAGACAAUGGUGUGUGGUGGUUUUGUAUGCAUCAAGAAUUCCCUCUGCGGUCUCAAUAUACUGUAUGUUUUGGUGAGUCUGCUACUGAUUGGAGUGGCAGCAUGGGGCAAAUGGUUUGGCCUAGUGUCUAGUAUUCAGGUGGUGGCAGGGGUAAUUGGCGUAAGUACCUUCCUGUUGCUGGUCGCCUUUGUAGGACUCUGUGGAGCCCUAAAGCACCAUCAGGUCCUGCUCUUCUUUUACAUGAUCAUCUUGUUCAUGGUGUUCAUUGUACAGUUCUCUGUGUCUGGGGCAUGCCUAGCUCUUAAUAAAGACCAGCAGGACCGCCUACUGGAGGUGGGAUGGAACAACUCUGUGUCCACUCAGAGAGAUGUAGAGAAGAACCUGGACUGCUGUGGCUUCUCCAACGUCCCUGUUAAUGAAACAUGUGCUGCUGACUGUGUCCACAACCAAUCUUGCAAACCCUGUGGUGACAUUAUCCAGCAACAUGCUCAAGACGUUUUACAAUUUGUGGGUGGGAUAGGACUUUUUUUCAGUUUUACAGAGGUCUUGGGGUUAUGUCUAACCCACAGAUAUAGGAAUCUGAAGGAUCCUCGAUCACACCCCGGGGCUUUUCUGUAACUUUUCCUACUCCCAACCCAACAUUGCACUGUUGAGGUAUUUAUUCAUUAUAUUGAAAUGUUCUUGUCAUUGUAAAUGUAAUGUCUAUGUAUUAAUAAUGUCAGUGAUCAAGAUUCAUUAUAAAUUAGCCUUAUGAUGUCA